AGUUCUGAGAAACCGCUGUGCUCAGUUUCACAUCCACCAGGCGAGUUUUCUACAGAGCAAGACGCGCUGUGUUUACACCUCAAUCUAACCAGCAAUCCUCUUGACACAAUGGCGAGUAAAAUUCAAGGAUCGGCCGAUUUUGACGAGCAAUUCCUGACGUGCUCCGUCUGUAUGCUGCACUUCCGGGAUCCCAGAGUCCUGCCAUGUCUGCACACAUUCUGUAGGGAGUGUCUGCAAGAAUGGGCCACCAAACAACCGCCGCUGGAGUGUCCAACCUGCCUCACACAGGUCAGUUUACCGGACCAAGGUGUGGACGGACUCAGGACCAACUUCUACGUCAACAACCUGCUGGACUUCGCGGCCGUGAAGAAAGGGGCGGGGCCAGGUGUGCCGUGCCAGGUGUGUGAGGGGAUGGAGGAAGGGGCGCGGUCAUGGUGCGUACAGUGUGCCGUUCUGCUUUGUGAGUCCUGUACAAACACACAUCGCAGGUUUCCAGCCAUGAAAGGGCAUCAGAUCGUGACCCAAGAGAACCUGGAGGCCUCUGAAGGUGUGCCCAGCAGCUUUCAGCGCAAAGCCUUCUGCCCAAAGCACGAAGACCAAGUCUUAACUUUCUACUGUGAACCUUGUCAGACUUUGGUCUGUGUCGCCUGUACGGUUGUCGAUCAUCGGCCGGGCGAUAAACACAAUCCUGUAGAAAUCGGCUCCGUCGCUGAGAGGAAGAAACGAGACCUACAGAAACUGAUAGGAAACGUCGAGCCUCGAGAAAAAGUCGUGCGGACUACACUGAAGGAAGUCGAGAGGGAAUUAUCUACGUUACCAACAUCGGCAGACGCAGCGAUUGAACAGGCCAUAGCCUAUUUUGAUCAGUUGAUGUCCUUGCUUCAAGACAGAAAAAAAGAAGUCGUCCAAGAAAUCGGCUCACGCCGCCAGGAGGUUGGAAAAUGUCUGGAAACCCAGAAAGAAGCGAUAGAGUUUGAGUUGGCCGGACUGACGAGCGCAUCUGAGUUCUGUAAACAAGCCUUGGAACACGGCAGUGACGUGCACGUCAUCGAGGUCGAAGGUCAAGCACGACAGAGGGUGGAAGAACUGAUGACAACUCCAAGCGACCUGACAGCCCGACCGAGUCAAGUCGUGUUCUCGGAGGGGACGGCUGUGGCGGAGUUCAGAGAUGACAUGGCCAGGGCAGGGCGCGUACAAGUACGACACACAGGGAAGGUGGACGCAUCUAAAUGUUCCGUUGAAAUAAAACCUGCCGUUGUAGGGUUUUCAAAUGACUUUCUCCUCACCACAGUUGACAAGAACGGCCAACUUUGUUCUGUGCUUAAAGAUGACGUCACAGCCACCCUGACGGACCCCUCGGGCCAGGCGGUACCAACACAGCUGCAGGAGAAGGGCAGGGGAUUGUGGGAAAUCUCCUACACACCUGAGGUCAAGGGUAUCCAUAGGUUAGAGGUCAAAGUGAACGACAUGUCUCUGGCGGGAAGUCCGUUUGACGUCAGAGUGAAAAGUAGGGACACCCCGGUAUUAACCAUUGGGAGAGCAGGACGUGGGGAGGGAGAAUUUUCCUUCCCAUCAGAUGUAGCAGUGGACAUGGACGGUAACAUUGCAGUGUCGGAGUGGGGGAACAAACGGGUUCAGAUGUUCGAUGCCAGGACUGGUCAGUCACUUCGGUGUUUCCCGGUGGAUUGCGAGUGUGCACGAGGCAUUGACAUGGACUCUAAUGGACAGUUUAUUUUGACGUUCGAAAACAGGUACUACGGAACCACUGGCAACCAAGCAAUCCAGGUGUACUCACGGAAAGGAAAACUUACAAAGACCCUAAAACAUGACUGUUUACGAGAUCCAAUUGGAGUUGCAGUUCUGCAGGACGGCCGCAUGGUGGUGACGGAUUACACACAGAAAUCCUGUCUCCUCCUGCAGCCUGACGGGAGCCUCAUCCGGGACAUCGGCAAGGGGCAGUUGCAGAACCCACUGUUCAUAGCGGUGGACGAGUCACGUGAUCUGUUCUUUGUCACUGAUUGCUGGGCUCAUAAAGUGUUUGUGUUUGACCUUGAGGGGAAGCUGAAGUUCAGCUUCGGUAAAACGGGGUUUAAUGACGGAGAGCUCGAAUACCCAACAGGGAUAACAGUAGACCCGGCAGGUAACAUCAUUGUAGUGAACCGUGAUAACCGCCGUCUGCAGGUGUUCGGACCAGACGGGACGUACCUGAGAACUGUGGCCACAGUGAAGGGAGGAUACCCGCUGGUCGUGGGAAUCGCGCUGACACCGGAUAACCACAUAGCUGUAGCGUGCGAGUUUUCUACAGAGCAAGACGCGCUGUGUUUACAUCUCGAUCUAACCAGUAAUCCUCUAGACACAAUGGCGAGUAAAAUUCAAGGAUCGGCCGACUUUGACGAGCAGUUUCUGACGUGCCCGGUCUGCAUGCUGCACUUCCGGGACCCCAGAGUCCUGCCAUGUCUGCACACAUUCUGUAGGGAGUGUCUGCAAGAAUGGGCCACCAAACAACAGCCGCUGGAGUGUCCAACCUGCCGCACACAGGUCAGUCUACCAGACCAAGGUGUGGACGGACUCAGGACCAACUUCUACGUCAACAACCUGCUGGACUUCGCGGCCGUGAAGAAAGGUGCAGGGCCAGGUGUGGCGUGCCAGGUGUGUGAGGGGAAGGAGGAAGGGGCGCGGUCAUGGUGCGUACAGUGUGCCGUUCUGCUUUGUGAGUCCUGUACAAACACACAUCGCAAGUUUCCAGGCAUGAAAGGGCAUCAGAUCGUGACCCAAGAGAACCUGGAGGCCUCUGAAGGUGUGCCCAGCAGCUUUCAGCGCAAAGCUUUCUGCCCGAAGCACGAAGACCAAGUCUUAACUUUCUACUGUGAACCUUGUCAGACUUUGGUCUGUGUCGCCUGUACGGUUGUCGAUCAUCGGCCGGGCGAUAAACACAACCCUGUAGAAAUCGGCUCCGUCGCUGAGAGGAAGAAACGAGACCUACAGAAACUGAUAGCAAAUCUCGAGCCUCGAGAAAAAGACGUGCGGGGUACCCUGAAAGAAGUUGAGAGGGAAUUAUCUGAGUUACCAACAUCGGCAGACGCAGCGAUUGAACAGGCCACAGCCUAUUUUGAUCAGUUGAUAUCCUUGCUUCAAGACAGAAAAGAAGAAGUCGUGUCAGAAAUCGGCUCACGCCGCCAGGAGGUUGGAAAAUGUCUGGAAACCCAGAAAGAAGCGAUAGAGUUUGAGUUGGCCGGACUGACGAGCGCGUCUGAGUUCUGUAAACAAGCCUUGGAACACGGCAGUGACGUGCACGUCAUCGAGGUCGAAGGUCAAGCACGACAGAGGGUUAAAGAACUGCUGAAAGCUCCAAGCGACCUGACAGCCCGACCGAGUCAAGUCAUGUUCUCGGAGGGGACGGCUGUGGCGGAGUUCAGAGAUGACGUGGCCAGGGCAGGGCGCGUACAUUUUGUUCUGACAUUAAUUAACGACUUCUUCACCACUGGCAACCAAGCAAUCCAGGUGUACUCACGGGAAGGAAAACUCACAAAGACCCUAAAACCUGACUGUUUACGAGAUCCAUUUGGAGUUGCAGUUCUGCAGGACGGCCGCAUGGUGGUGGCGGACAUCACACAGAAGUCCUGUCUCCUCCUGCAGCCUGACGGGAGCCUCAUCCGGGACAUCGGCAAGGGGCAGUUACUGUACCCACAGUUCAUAGCGGUGAACGAGUCACGUGAUCUGCUCUUUGUCACUGAUUGGGAGGCUCAUAGAGUGUUUGUGUUUGACCUUGAGGGGAAGCUGAAGUUCAGUUUUGGUAAACUGGGGCAGGAUGAGGGACAACUCUACCAUCCAACAGGGAUAACAGUAGACCCGGCAGGUAACAUUAUUGUAGUGAACCGUGAUAACGGCCGUCUGCAGGUGUUCGGGCCAGACGGGACGUACCUGAGAACUGUGGCCACAGUGAAGGGAGGGUUCCCCCACGGAAUCGCGCUGACACCGGAUAACCACAUAGCUGUGGCGUGUUUUUAUGGACAGUGUGUCGAGUUGUACAGGUACGAGUAA